AGGGUGACCACCCGUGGCCGCUACAACCGCCCAGUUCCCAAAUAUUUGCUCAUUGCUCCAUCUCUUUGCUGUCCACUUGCCUAGACAUCCUCGUUCCUAGAGAACAUCCACCUCCCUCAAGGUCAGGUGUCCGUGUGCGUCCAGCAGCUGCCGGGCUCUGCCCUGGCUGCCCGGCCUGAAACGUGCCGUAACCUCCUGAGAUGGGCUGGAGCCGUGUUCGCUCCGUGGCGCCAGUGUUCCGUAGAGUCAGGUCCACUGGGCAGGCAGGAAUCCGGAGGCGUCGGCCCACCCCAGCCACCCUCGUGCUGACCAGUGACCAGUCGUCCCCAGAGGUAGAUGAAGACAGGCUCCCCAACCCGCUGCUCAAGUCCACUUUGGCCAUGUCUCCCCAGCAGCGGAAGAAGGUGACCCGGACCACACCGACGAUGAAAGAGCUCCAGAUGAUGGUUGAGCAUCACCUGGGGCAACAGCAGCCGGGAGAGGAGCCCGAGGGAGCCGCCGGGGGCGCGGGGACCCAGAAGUCCUGCCCACCUGGGACCCCCGCAGCAGCACAAAGGCCUGCAGAACCCAUUCCCAAAACUCGGGAGAGGGGCGGUGAGGAGCCCAGCACAGAGGACCCCUCCGCUCACACACCGCCACUGGACUCCCAGGGGGCCCACCCGCCAUAACAGGUCUGAGAGUGACGUUUCCUGGAAUCGAGGCGGCAGUUGGGAAUGAAUGCAUGGACACUGGAUUCCUUUCUUACUUCUUCGCUUUUGGGGAAAAUCUCAUUUUUAAAAAGUGAUAAAUUUGGUGUUAGAUCCUUGGCA